AUGGAUGAUUUUGUUCGGAACAAAUUAACUGAAUGGGAUCUCAGUGAGUGGAUAGAAAAAUUUCAAGCUCAACGCAUUGACAAGAAAAAUCUUUACUGUCUUGGUCAUCAAGAAAUCACUGACUUGAUCCCAAUAGUGGGACCCAGGGCAAGAUUCAAGAGAGAACUAGAGUUGUUAAAGAAGAAACAAAACACAACAAAUCCAAAAACAGUUGAUUCUCCUGCUCAAGGGGAACAAAACACAACAAAUCCAGAAACAGUUGAUUCUCCUGCUCAAGUUUGUCCAUCCACCAGUGCUUCAAGUGAUAAAGUGAAGAGAAAGUUGGAUCUUCAGGGCGAGUCCAGCAAAUGGCAAUCACCAACUAAGAAACAACGAUGUGAACCUAGACCGGGGUCAUACUCAGAAGGCUUUAUACUGUCUGAUGUGAAAACCAUCAUGAGAUAUGUCCAAAAAAGGCUACCAGCCCAAGACAACAAACUCAAUCAGUUCCUCAAGAAGAAAAUUGGUGAUUUGGAGAUCGACAAGAGGGAGCUGAUCGGUGUCUUUGGUAAAACCGGGGCUGGAAAGAGCUCUCUGAUAAAUGCUGUCAUUGGAGAGAAGAAUCUCUUGCCUUAUGGGAGGGUCAAAGCAUGUACCACAGUCAUGAUUAAAGUGGAGGCUAACAUGCUACACCAAAGAUAUGAGGCAGACAUAGAGUUCAUUACAAAAGAGGAGUGGAAAGAUGAAUUGUGGUCCUUGUUAAAUUUCCUUGGGGAUAACGCCAAUCGAGACGAUGAUCAGGAAGAUGACGAGGAUCAGGACACUGUUGACAAGCUGUCAGCGCUGUAUGGAGAAGAAUGGAAAGACAAAUCCCUUGAAAACCUCAUAGAUAACAAGUAUUUUAAAGAAAUUCCUGAAUUUCUUCUAUCCAAGAGAAAGCUUUUGACAUCUGAAUCAGCUAAAGAGCUAUCUGCAAAAUUAGUCAAAUACACAAGAAGUGAAUCAAGCGAUGGAGAAGGAAAAGAAGUGAAGAGGUGGUAUUGGCCCCUGGUGAAGUGUGUGACUGUGAGGGUGCCUAACAGUGAUCUUCUCCAGCAUGUCACACUUGUGGAUCUUCCUGGAAAUGGGGACCGCAACAAGAGCAGAGACAAGAUGUGGAAAGGGGUUGUUGGAAGUUGCUCUACUGUGUGGAUUGUGACUGAAAUUAAUCGAGCAGCAACAGAGACUGAAGCCUGGGACAUCCUGGAAAGUGCCUGUAGCUUCAUCGGAAAUGGUGGCGAGUGUCAGCGCAUCCACUUUAUCUGCACCAAGUCUGAUGAUAUUGGAGAUACGGAUGAUCGAGAUGCUGUUCGUGCUUUCAUAUUUCAAAACAACAUACAAGCCAAGGAAGAAGUGAACAAAGAGUUCAGAAAACUCAGGGAGUUUAAGAAACAUUUCAGUGAUGAAAGUUUCAAAGUCUUCACAGUGAGCUCCAAAGAGUUUCUGAAGCAAAAACGUCUGACGCCAGAGGAAACUGAAAUACCCAGACUUCAGGAAUUCCUGCAAGAGCUCAAUGACUGUCACUCAGAGACAUUAAACUAUGUGUCAGGAGCUCAUGGGAUCCUCUCUCUGAUUCAAGGGGCCAGAAGUAGAGCAGGGGCUGACAAAAACACAGGUGUGUGCAGAGAGCUGAAAGAAAAGAUGAAGCAGGAACUUAAAAAAAUUAGACAGCCCAUGCAGAAGACUUAUGACACCUUUGAAAGAUGCCUCAUUGAGGGGGUUAAAAAAUCCAAAAGUUCCUGGGAAAGACUCUUGAAGUCGGUGUUACAUCCUAGAAUGAAGGGCAGCGCUUUUCAUGGGAUACUGAAGUGCGUAGUUCUGAAUGGCGGCAGUCACCAAACAAAGAAAAAAAAACUAAUAAACCUCAAUAUGACGCUAACUUCGUGCCUGACUGACAGCAUUGAUGAGGAAUUCAAGAAGACCUUCCCAAAUGAAGCAAAAUGUGGACCAUUCAACGGGAUCAUCAACUCGUUUUCACUUGAAACAGAGAGGCUGAUGAGAGAGAGGCAAGAGUACAAAGAUGUCGAACUGCAACUGAUAUUUCUCAAGACAGAGGAAGAAAAAAUGAAGACAAAACUCAACAAAAUCAUCCGGGAGCAAAAGAAAAUGAUCUACAACAGUCUGAUGGAGACAAUUGAGGAAAACAUGAAAGAAUGCUACAGAGAAGCAGCAAAAAUUAGAGGAGAAGGCUCACUGAAAAACAUGAGGAGCACCAUUGAGAACCAUGUACGAGAAUCAAAGGACAUCAUGUUUCAGAGGGCGAAAAAUGUUAUGUUGGAGCAGCUGAGGAACUUGAUGGUGCUGAUCCUGAGGGAACUGAACACAAUGCAGGAAUCAAUCGAGCUGUCACUCAAUACAGAUGGUGACUCAAUCCCAGACGUUUCAGAUGAGCUCCAGAUGGUGAAGAAGCACUAUGAUGAACUGAAGGAAAGCUCAAUUGAUUUACCACCAUAUAUGCGUGCUGAUCCACCCGUCCCAGCAACCCAUUCAUGACGUGUGCAUAGGUUUGCUCAGUGGAGAGAAUCAGCAGAUGCCUGAUCACCCACUGAAGGUCCCUGUGGGCACACCGAUCCCUCAGAGACAUGACACCUCUGGAUUUGAUGACGAAAAAGAAAAAGAUGAUCCGCACACCAAAUAGAGCUCCCAUUACUUUAUACUUUUAUUUUGUCAUUCGUGACGUUUUGAGCACACAGGCUCUUCCUCAGACUUGUUAACUAAAGAAAUUUUCUUUGGGAUGUGCGUGUCGACACCUC